AUGACUACAGGAAUUUCGAUGAAUCCAUCUCUGUUUCGUGUAAUCUGCAUACUCCAUUCGAUAAUCGCUCUAACUAGUGGAACCCUAAUGAUGUUCUACACAGAGAAAGCUUCGAUCUUUGGACUAGGAAGCGAGAUUGCGAGCAAACUGAAAGGAUCAACGCCACACGACGAGCUACUCAUAGAGAUUUCUCAGUCCUACUCUGGUUUGCUUCUCUUUGCAAUUGGUUUGGUACUGUUCAUGGUGUCUUUCGUCAAAGACAGAGAGUUUCACAGCUUCUUCGCUUGUGGCUCUGUGUUUCUCUAUCUGUUGGUGGCUUCGUGGAGGGUUUUGUUCGAGUGGAAAAUUGAAGAUCUUGCUUAUGAAUGGCCUAAACAAGCUCUUGGAGAUAUAGCUUUGGGGAUCUCUUGGGUUUUCUUUCUUGUUUAUUCUUGGAGAGAGAAGAUGAGUGGUUUGUCACAAGCACAAGACAGCUCGUGCUCAUUGAACCAGCCAAGCAAAGAUGCGGUGGUCGUGACUGAGGCUACUAAACCAAAGAAGAGGAUAUGUUGUGCUUGUCCUGAUACCAAGAAGCUAAGAGAUGAGUGCAUCGUAGAGCAUGGUGAAUCCGCUUGCACCAAAUGGAUCGAAGCUCAUCUUUUGUGUCUUAGAUCCGAAGGAUUCAAAGUUUGA